UAAAACCUUUGUAGAGUCCCAUAAGACAUACGUGACCAGCAUCAUUACCACCCACCAGCUAAUAAUAAUCAACUAAAUUAUGAAAUGAUAGAACCUUGUGAGGCCAACUUUUCUUCUAUGUGAAUAUAAACUAAUUAUUUUAAUUAAGUUAGACCAUCAAAUGCAGCAGAGAAGAAGCUUCUCCUUCUCCUUAUUCUUCUUCAGUUUUUUCCUCUAUCAAAAGUUUUGACUUGGCAAGUCAUAUUCUCUUUUCUCUUGAUUCUCUGUUGUUCUCUUGGGAUUCUCAUUUGAAUUAAUUCAAGUCUUUGUUUCUUGGAUUUUUCUAGUCUCAUCUGGAUGCUGCUAUAGGGCGAUUAAAACUAUAAUUCUCUCUACAUUUUUCUAUUUUCGUGUUUUGUUAAUGCAUUUAAUAUAGCCAAUAAGAUUUGAAGAAUUGCAUAAACUGGAUCUUCAUCUACCUAUACCUCUAAUCUUGCUAUUGUAAUCAAUUGUGGCAUGGACUUGAGCUAUGUAUAACAACAAAUACCAGACGUCUAAAACUAGUACAUUUCGCAAGUGGUUUAAAAGAAAGGACAAGAGAGCUGAAGCACAUCAGUUGAAUGGAAUUUCAGACGAAAGUGAAGAUGACGUUGAUGAUAGCCUGGAGGAUGAUGUUUUUGUUCGAUCAACAGAGAUGGAUCCAUGCAUUUCAACUAACGAGCUAAGCAAAUGUUUUAGGAUUUUCGUGGGUACCUGGAAUGUUGCUGGAAGAUCUCCAAUAGGAAGCCUAGCAGUAGAUUUAGAUGAGUGGUUGAAUCUCAAGGAUGCAGCUGAUAUGUAUGUCCUCGGAUUUCAAGAAAUUGUGCCGUUAAAAACAAGAACUGUGAUAGGAGCAGAAGACCCAACAGAAGCAACAAACUGGAACAUGCUUAUAGGAAAAACAUUGAACAAUAAAUAUGGAUGCCCAUGGUUGACUCCUACGAUAAAUCCAAUUUCAAGUGACAAUUAUCACUACAAGAAGGUGUCUGAUUCAUCAAGGAGAGCAAGUUUUAGUGGCUAUUCUGGGAUGCAGAUGGGAGAGCCGUUGGAGAUGCAGAAUGAUGGAUUAGAUGGGGGCAGCAAGUAUAAGCUCAUGGCGAGCAAGAAAAUGGUUGGGGUAUUCAUAAGUGUAUGGAUGAAGAAGGAAUUGCUGAGAAAAUACUGCAUUUCGAAUGUGAAAGUUUGUUCAGUGGCAUGUGGCAUCAUGGGUUAUUUGGGUAACAAAGGCUCGGUUUCAGUUAGCAUGUCUAUAGAAGGUACAAGUUUUUGCUUUAUUGCUGCUCAUUUAGCUUCUGGGGAGAAACAGGGUGAUGAAAGCAAAAGAAAUCAUCAAGUUUCCGAGAUUUUUAGACGAACUAAUUUCCCUCGGUCCACUAAAGAUGAUCAUAAUCCUCGUCCUCUCACCAUCUUAGGACAUGACCGUAUAUUCUGGUUCGGGGAUCUCAACUAUAGAUUAUACUUAGAAGACAAUCUAGCUAGAGAUUUGAUAAGGCAGAAAGACUGGAAGGCAUUGCAACAAUUUGAUCAGCUUCGAACAGAACUAGAAGAUGAUGGAGUAUUUCAAGGUUGGAGAGAAGAAAAUAUAGAAUUUGCACCUACUUACAAGUACUCUUCAUCAAAUUGUAAUCGAUACUCAGGUGGCCUACCAAGCAGAACAGGAGAAAAACAAAGAACUCCAGCAUGGUGUGACAGAAUCCUAUGGUAUGGGAAAGGAGUGAAGCAACUAUCCUAUUUUCGAAGCGAAAGUAAAUUCUCGGAUCAUCGUCCUGUUUCUGCUCUAUUUUCUGUACCAGUAGAGGUUAUGAGGCCCUCAAGUUCAAAAGUCGUCCCAGUGGAGACCAUGCUUCCCACCAUGACAUCUCCAGUGGAAAAGGUGCCUAGCAACAGUACCAAAUCAAGUUUGCAAUUUCUAAUGGCAAAAGAUGAAGAAGCAUCACCUACAAAUACACAAAAUUACAGCGGAAACAGAUGAUAAAAUGUGCAGAUAGGCCUUUGAAUUACUAUGUUCCUGCAGUAUAUAGCUUUUUGGAGAUAUUCCAUGCUCUCAAAAUCAUAUUCUUUUCAUAAUUUUUUCACCCAAUGCAUUCAGGUUUUAAAGUGCAAAUAUUUUUUUACGAUCUUUUAUAGAAGAAAGGGAAGUUGAAUAGAUGAAUGUAUUCAUUAUUAACUAAUUUAUUUAUGACUUUUGUAUUAAGGGGACUUUCUACAGCAAUUUUGACUUUACAAAGUAAACAUAUCUUCAUUCA